GAAUGGUCUGCUGCAAUGUCUCUAUUAAUCGCUCGCUCCACGGCGCAUCGGACCUCUACAAGGCGUCAACGCCGAAGAAACCGCUGGAAGACAGUGGCUACUUCGUCAUCACAGCCAGCGUUAAUUGCAUGACUCACUUCCCACAGGUAACGUAUCAAUUAUUACCAUAUAUAAUUAGACGUUUUGAAAGUGGAAGUUCUUCUUCAGAAAGUCAAAGAACGAAAACAAUAUUGUCAAGUACUGAUGGUGGAUGUAUUAAUGAUGAACUUCUAAGAAGAGAAAAGUUGAGAGUUGAAACGUUCCUACUCAAAAUGGACACCCUGGUUUCCAGCCUACAACUCCAAAGUAAAGCGCAUGUAAAAAUGUUGAGAGGUUCGAGAUUUUGGAAAAUGUGCAUAAGAUCGAGUUCAAGAAUUUCAAAAUAUUGCAAUAACCUUGCAAUUUUUUAUAGUGGAGACUUGAUUACUGCAGAUAUAAUGCAUGAAUGUCACCAUUUUGCUGGAUAUCUAAAAUGUAAGGAAAUAUAAAAUAUUUCCAAGAAUAUGCUGCAGAUAAUGAAAAAAAAUUAAUAUUCAUAACUUGUACAGUUACAUGAAUAAUGAGUAUAUUUUAGCAACCUAUUUGGAAAUUGCUAUGAGAAUUUUUCUUACUUUAUUUGGGACUAAUGCAUCUGGAGAAUGUUUAAUUUUGAAGUUAAAGGUCACAAAACAUGAGUUAUGAAAUAGCAUAACAGAAACACAUUUUAAAAACUGAAAUUUUUAAUGAGUAAUUCAAUAUGACAUUUCGGCAAAAAUUUAUUAUUAAUUUAUGAUUUGCCUCCUGAAAGAACAGAAAAUUCUUCUCUCAAUAAGUACAGACUAAUAAUAAUUAUUAAGAACGGAAGAGUGGAGUGAUAAUAACCGUGUAAUUAUGUGAAAACUUUGUUUCUUCAUGUGUCCCUGCUUCAAUUUAUCACUGAAUGAAGUGUGUGUGCAUAGGGGCCCUCUGCUGCAGCAUAACAUUACUUUAUCAUUGCUACAUUAGCAUGUAGAAGUUGAGAAAGUAAAAAUUCAUAAGGCUCCUAGAAAAAAGAAAAAAAAAACUUUUAAUAUCACUGAAAAUUGUUAAGCUAUAAUAUGCAUUCAUUAGUGAAGUCAUGAAACAGAUUUUAUUGUUCAUGAACAAAUUUAACAAAAUUAUUGAGUCAACUCUUAGUAACACGAAAUCCAUAUAUGCAUGCAUGCAUGAAUAUGUGUGCUGGGACCCAUAUUUUGUGUUAAGCAUGUUCUGUCGAUGGCCUGAUGAAAGAAAACAAACUACUCAUUUUCACGCCAUUAAGGCACAAUGGGCCCUUGUGGAGAAUGUUCGUAAGGAAGAAUCUUGUGCACAGUUGCCAAAUUGAUUGUUGCAAAAGUACAAAAAAUGUAGUCCUAUGGAGAAAAUAAUGAACACAAUAUUAAUUAUGAAAAAGUGUCGUUCAUUGGAUUUUCAAAUAAAAUAAUGAAAAUAAUGGAUUUCUGUGGAACUGACUUUUUAAACAUCAUUUUAUUCACAGAGUUAAAACAUAUCCGAAAAAUUGGUGCAAUUAUUUUGGAAAAAAUAGAUACAAUAUUUCAGUUACUUCACCUGGGGGAAAUGCUUUCAUUUUAUCAAUGUGUCAAAAUGUAU